AUGGAAGGCACCGGCUGGCUGGCCGUUUGGCACACCUAUCGGCUGCCCUUGCUGGUUACGCUGGCUGCUCUCCUCGUCUUCCAUGCCUAUCGCAGAGCCCAGUCCCGAUCCAAGACCCCCGCGUCGGUGUCCGUCCCAUCGUCGCCCCGGAGCCAGUCGCCGUACAAGGAGAAGAUCCAACCUGAGACGGCCCGUUCUGAGAAGCCCGUCAAGCCAGCAACGGGCCCCAAACGCGUGCAAGGGAAGAAACCCGCGAAGACGGUUGGCGGGCGUGGCGGAUCAGACCAGGACAAUCACCCCGUGUCGUUCAUUCAGCCUAUUAUCUUCUACGCCUCGUUGACAACCACAACUGAGCGAUAUGCACAUAUGCUGCUAGAGGAUCUCCGGGCUGCGGCGCAAGAACGAGCAGACCCCCAAAACCGCGAGCGUGGCAUCCUGCCUCCCCAGAUCCAGGACCUGGCCUACAUCGACUUUGACGAUUUUUUCACCUCGGCUCCCCAGCCGCCAGCUUCUUCGCCCGGCGUCCGCUACGUCUACUGCAUCCUGAUCCCUACCUAUAACAUUGACACCGUCAUCAACCUCUUCCUGACUCACUUGGACGAAACCCACAACGAUUUCCGCAUUGACACCGGCUCACUGUCCAAGCUCGCGGGCUAUUCGGUGUUUGGAUUUGGAGAUAAAGAGGAAUGGCCAACCGAGGAAGAAGGCUUCUGCUCGCAAGCCAAAGAGAUCGACCGAUGGAUGGCCAAGCUCACCGGGCGCAAGCGUGCAUAUCCUCUGGGAAUGGGAGAUGUGAAGAGUGACGCGGAGCAAGCGCUGAAAGAGUGGUCUCGCGGACUGAAGGACAUUCUGUGUGACAUACUGGAGAACGGCGGGCUCGGUGAGGGUGUCCCUGGCAGUGGAGAUCCCGCGGAAAGUGAUGAGGAGGAUCUCGAUAAUGGCAAUGAGGAUCAACAAAAAACUCAGACUAUGGUGGAUCUGGAGGACAUCCGGAUGGGCGGUGAUGCCCAGGGAGGACCUAUCCCUGUUGAUUUCACCACGGCUGGCAAGUCAGUUGCACCGGCAGCGACUGCCAAGGAGAUGGUUCCAAAGACAUCGCCAACAUACGCUUCGCUCACGAAGCAGGGUUAUACUAUUGUGGGGUCCCAUUCUGGUGUCAAGAUCUGCCGUUGGACCAAGUCGGCGUUGCGGGGACGGGGGUCGUGCUACAAGUUUUCUUUCUAUGGCAUCCGAUCCCAUUUGUGCAUGGAAGCGACACCGUCGCUGUCAUGCAGCAACAAAUGCAUUUUCUGCUGGCGCCACGGCACGAACCCGGUGGGGACCACCUGGCGUUGGCAAGUGGACAAGCCCGAUCUAAUCUUCAAGGGCAUCAAGGAAGGCCACUACCAAAAGAUCAAGAUGAUGCGUGGUGUGCCCGGGGUGCGUGCCGAGCGGUUCGCAGAGGCGAUGCGCAUUCGACACUGCGCCCUCAGUCUUGUCGGCGAGCCCAUCUUCUAUCCUCACAUCAACGAAUUCCUGGACAUGCUACACGCCGAGCGCAUCUCCAGUUUUCUAGUGUGCAACGCGCAGCAUCCCGAUCAGCUCCAGACGCUGACCCGAGUUACGCAACUUUACGUCUCCAUCGACGCUAGCAACCGUGAAAGCCUGCGCAAGAUCGAUCGGCCGCUGCACCGUGACUUUUGGGAGCGGUUCCAGCGCUGUCUGGACAUUCUCCGAGAAAAGCGAUAUGCCCAACGCACGGUGUUCCGACUGACCUUGGUCAAGGGAUUCAACGUGGAUGACGAAGUGAUAGGGUACGCCAACCUAGUUGAAAAGGCCCUGCCAUGUUUCGUCGAGGUCAAGGGUGUCACGUUCUGUGGAACCAGCACAAGCGCCGGUGCCGGUCUGACCAUGCAGAAUGUCCCAUUCUAUGAAGAAGUCUCGACCUUUGUUGUUGCACUGAACGCGGAGCUGGAGCGCCGUGGUCUGCACUACGGGAUUGCAGCCGAGCACGCGCACAGCUGCUGCGCACUGAUUGCCUCGAACCGCUUCCAUGUCGACGGGAAAUGGCACACUCGGAUCAACUACGAACGCUUCUUCGAGCUUCUGGAGAAGGAGAAGGCGGAUGGCAUCUCUUUCACUCCGGAGGAUUACAUGCGCGAGACGGAAGAGUGGGCGUACUGGGGCAAAGGCGGGUUCGAUCCGAACGAUCAGCGCGUCUACACAAAGGGCAAGAACAAGAACAAGCACAAGGCUAUUGAGGCGGCAUCCACGUCCUGA